AUGGUAGAGGUCACACAAUUCAAAAAGAAUGACCUGUACAUCUACGAACUGUCAGCAAAUGUUUUAGACUCACUGAAAUUAAUAACUUUUGAUUCGACCCUUCAUGAGGUGGACCCUGUCCCAACUGCAACUGCAGCAGCAAAUGGAGCUAGUGCACAAACUACGAAGCCUACUUCUGAUUCAUUAGAAUGUAAUGUAUGUGGGAUGACCUUUGAAACUUUGCAACGCAAUAGAGAGCAUCGUAGGACCGAUUUGCACACUUAUAAUGUGAAGAGAAAUAUGAAAGAUUUGUCACCAAUUGGUGAGGACAAGUUCCAGGAUCUUAUCUCUAGUAAAGAGGGUACUCCUCAUGCUACUGAUAUCCAUAACCCCAGUGCAGAUGAUGAUCAGGAGGAUCGAGAUAACGAUGAAAGUGAAUCUGAUGAAUUUUACCGUGAACAAAGCAAUUUUCUGGACGACUUGCUGGAAGAUGAAGUGACCAAUAUGUCGAUUGACGAUAACUCGGGUGGUGUCGUGAGUCAUCUCAAUACGAGAUCUCCUCAAAUAUAUUUCAAUUCGACACUUUUGCAAAACUCAGAUGCUUUUGGCAUCUAUAAGGCACUCUUCACAGAAGAUCAGACAAUCAAACCUCUUCAAUCAGUGAAAGAAUGGAAUUUUAAUAAGGAUCAAUCAUCAACCGUGUCCGCUCUCUUCAUGGUUGGUGGUGGGCAUUUUGCGGGCGCUAUAGUUUCUCAUCAGAGAGCCAAUGUAAAUGGGAACGCACGAAAGCAGGAUCAAAGUCUACAAGAACAAGCUGUGGUUUUCCUGGAACAUAAGACCUUUCACAGAUAUACCACAAGACGUAAACAAGGUGGUUCACAAUCGGCUAUGGAUCAAGCGAAGGGGAAGGCAAACUCAGCCGGUUCAGAUCUUCGUAGAUACAAUGAAGCAGCUUUAAAGCUGGACAUAAAAAAUCUGCUGGCUGAAUGGGAGCCUUAUUUAAGAAACUGUGAGAAUGUAUUUCUCAGAGCAACGAACAUCCAUGAGAGAAAGGUAUUCACUGACAACAGGGAGAUAAAAAAGAUUGAAAAUAAAGUCAAAUCCUUUCCAUUCACCACAGGGAGACCUACUGUCGCAGAACUAAAAAGAAGUUGGUGCGAAUUGUCUUACCUGAAAAAGGUUGCAAAACCACAACCCCUUGCAUUAAAGGAGCCAAAUGUGUCCUCUGACAUAACGAAAACUUCUAAGAAUGAGGAUAAAGAACCAAGCAAGGAGAUUUCUCCGGAAGAACUUCAUACAAAGGAGCUAUUGCAAUUUCUUAAAAAAGCAAAGGCCCCAUUACUAGUCGCAUACCUGCGAAAGCGUGGUCUUGAUGUCAAUUUUCGUCUGGCUCCCAAAUCCCAGUACUCAGUGACGCCAACUAUGCUACACUUUGCCGCUCAGCAAGGUUUAAGACAGAUGGUCACAAUUCUUAUCUCCAAUUUGAAAUCUGAUCCAUGUAUUGAAAACGAGUAUGGCAAAACGGCAUGGGAUUUAGCAAAAAGUUCAGAUGUCAGGUACGCAUUUCAGCUGGCCAGGCAUAAGCUUGGCGAAAAUUAUACAGAUUGGUCAAAAUCUCACAUAGACAAGCCACUAAGCAGGGAAGAUAUCGACAUACUGAACAAGGAAAAGUUGGAUAAUGAAAAGAAGGAAACUGAUGAGGCUAUUAAACGUGAGCUAGAAAAUGUGAGAGAAAGACAAAAGGCAGAGCUAGAGGACAAAAAGAGGUUCUGGGAGAACUCUUGA